AUCUAUGUAUGCCCUUCAUUUUCCUCAUACUAUAUUCAGAUCUAAUUUUUAUAUGUUCUUGCAUUUCUGUUGAAUCGAGAUUCAUCUUCUUUUCGGGAUAAAUUUCUUUUCCUAUCUGAAUCGAUUUGCUCUCGCUUUCUAUUUUCAGAUUCGCAUCUCUUCUUUGCCUUGAUUCCAAUCCUUCAAUUUCUUGUCUUUGAGUUUUGUUUUUUUUAUAUGUUUACUUGUUUCGGUUUCAUAAGAACAUAUAUUUAUCAAGAUUUCGAGGUGAUUACAGAUGUUGGGAACUUCUUUUGGAGUGCGAAUUAUAGAUUUUUGUGUUUUUUGGCUUUGAGUGUUUUGUUUUCUUUUGUUCCCCAAUUUUUGGGGUUGUGCAAGUUAGUUCAUUAUCCUCGAAGUUCUUUUCCUCGGCUUAUAUCGUCUUACUUUGGAUAUCGUCUAGUGCAUAUGUUAGUAGUUUCUGUGUUCAACCUACUGUUCAAUCGCUAGGAAUUAGUCUAAGAAAUGGAGUUGGACAGCAUUAAAGAUGCAUUUGAUCGUGUGACGAAGAAGCAGAAAUUAUCUUCUUCCAAAAGUCAUGAAGUAGUUGAUCAAAUUCAUCUGGAACUGGAGCAAGUGCUACAAAAAAUACAGUUGGCUGAUAAUCCUGAAUGUCCAGUUAAUCUUAAGUCGGUUUUUUCUGAACUCAAAACUAAAUUAAAAGAUAUUGCCCCACUCACUCAGCUUGAAAGCACGCAGAAGGAGUUGAAUACCGCUCUGACCAAGUAUCCAAAGCUUGUUGAGAAAUCUUUCAAUCCAGAUAUAUCAAAAGCUUAUAGAAAUGUUGAUUUUGAUAGGCAUACUGUUAACCAGAUUAUUGCUAGUCAUUUCUAUCGUCAGGGUAUGUUUGAACUUGGUGACUGCUUUAUUAGUGAGGCUGGCGAAUCAGAAUCUGCUGCCUCGAUGAGAUCUCCAUUUCAGGAAAUGUAUCAGAUCCUUGAAGCCAUGAAGUCCCGGAAUCUAGACCCAGCUCUGAACUGGGCACUGAAUAACUCAAAUAAACUUAAUGAAUGUGGGUCAGAUCUUUUGCUCAAACUUCAUAGCAUGCAGUUCAUGGAGAUUCUACAGAAUGGAGAUAGACAUGACGCUUUGAAGUAUGCUAGGACGUACCUGGCCCCUCUUGCAUCAAACCACCUGGCUGAACUUCAGAAGCUUAUGGCUUGCCUCUUGUGGACUGGAAGGCUUGAUUGCUCCCCAUAUUCCCAAUCACAAUUAUUGUCAGUAACCAAUUGGGAAAAUGUUGCUGAGGAGCUUAUAAGGCAGUUCUGCAAUUUUCUUGGUCAGUCCUACGAGAGCCCAUUGGGCGUAACAGUUGCAGCAGGGGUCCAGGGCUUGCCUCCCCUCUUGAAAUUUAUGAAUGUCAUGGCUGGGAAGAAACAGGAAUGGCAAUCUAUGAAGCAGUUGCCUGUGCCGGUGGAGUUGGGCAGAGAAUUUCAGUUCCACUCCAUCUUUGUUUGUCCGGUGUCAAAGGAACAGUCAACUGAAGAAAAUCCACCAAUGUUGAUGCUGUGUGGACAUGUCCUCUGUAAGCAGUCUAUCAUGAAGAUGUCUAAAAACAGCACAAAAUCGUUUAAGUGCCCGUAUUGUCCAACAGACAUCGAUGCUACACGGUGUAGGCAAUUGUACUUUUGACACACACAAAAGUCAUGGUUAAUGUUGUAUGAAACUUUCUCUCUUCAACUGAACCGAUAUUUGCUGGAUUUAGUUGUAUGGUGUAACAAAGGGGGUGUGAAAUGGGGGGAAAUGAUGGUCAGUUGUGUACUGUUUGUUGCUGUAUUGGUUGUAAAUACAUAUUCUUUCUACGUGUUGGGAAUUUAGAGCAACUCACUCCACAGACAUCUUUUAAGUUCGGUAGAUUUACAGCAUGGGAGUUUGCUUAGCUGCUUCUGGAGCUCAUCUCCUAUCAAAUAAAUAUAUUUUCUCCA